GUACUGUAGACGACGUUUCCUAAACGUACAUUGUACAUAUAUUUUUGGAGAGAAUACUAUUGUAUUCAUUUGAUUGUUUAUAAUAUGCUAGGAUACAUCUUUUCUGUACAACAUUUUAUGAUUUAUGACUCGGAUAAAAAACAUUCUUAUGGCCUGAGAAACGCACAACGCAAACGCUUUCGUUGAUACUUGCCAUUUACCAAUUACACUAGAAUUGGGAAUUUCUUUAUUCUUUUAUUUCAUAAAAGAAUUAAAAGCAAUUGUAUUUGAGUAUCGGCAUAGCAAGUUUAUAAACAGCAGGAUUUAGAGACUGCACUCUUUGCCAACAUGUUUCGAGAAAAACCGUCAGCUAUUCAAACGGCAAUUCUUCGAGCUACUGACGAGAAGAACACUAAAGAUAAGUGGGACUUGAUUAUGGAUGUAUGCGAUCAGCUGUCAAGUAGCUCAGAAGAAUCCUGUCGAAAUGCUGUUCAAUUCCUUAAUAAACGAUUAAAUUCUAUCAAUGCCAAUGUCCAAUUGUUGACAUUAACUUUGACAGAUGCUAUAGUAAAAAACUGUGGUUCAAAAUUACAACAUGAAAUCGCCUCCCGUUUGUUCACCGAUAGUCUCUUGCGUAUAGCAGAGAACCCAAGCACUCACAAUCAAGUCCGAAGUAGGACUGCCGUUUUGGUUAAUGAAUGGGCGAUGGAGCUGCAACAUGAUCCGAGUAUGGAUCUGAUGCAACAAGCAUGCAAUGAAAUUCGAAAACUAGACAUUGUUGAUUUACGAGCCCCAAAGAAACCGGGCAAGCAAAAAAUGAGCAACUCAGAAUUGAAAAAAGAAGAAGACGAAUUACAAUUUGCAUUAGCCUUAUCGUUAUCAGAAGCCACAGAAAAAGAAGCUGAAAGCAAAAAGCAAGCUGAAGAAAAGAAAAAGCGUUCAGAACAACCAAACCAACCUCAUGAUACUUCCUUAACUACGACUUCAGCGUCCUCAAUUUCUCGUGUACGUGCCCUGUACGACUUUGCUGCUUCUGAGCCCGGUGAGUUGUCUUUUCAAAAGGGGGAUGUUAUAUUAGUUCUCGAAAGCGUGUUUAAAGAUUGGUGGAAGGGUUCCUGUAAGAACAAUGUAGGAAUUUUCCCUGUCAAUUAUGUUGAGAGAAUUGUUGAACCGACUGCUGAGCAAAAAGAGCAGAUGCUCAAAACCGAACAGUAUACUUUUGACGCUCUUCCCAAGAUUGAUGAUUUGUUAAACAUAUUAUCGUCUGCACCACCCGAAGCGGCUGAUGAUGAUGAAUUGCAGUCGAAAUACCAUGAAGCUAUCAUUCUACGACCCAAACUCAUCCGAUUAAUAGAAAAGUAUGCCUCUCAAAAAGAAGAAUUGAUGGACCUUAAUGAGCGAUUGCUAGGUGCCCGGAAAGAUUAUGAAGCUUUAUAUGACCAAUCAAUGUCAGAAAUGAGAAGGUAUUAAUAUACGUAUAAUGUCAACUCCUUUGUACGGCUUUUGCAGAUCAGCACGAAUUUUUCGUUUGCAUUACCAUGUUUCAUUUAUUAAUUUUUCUUUAUAUUUUGAUGAACUUAGAUUAACAUUCUCUUGAAUUAAUUAGUUAAAAUUAAAACUAUUUGAGUAGUCUAUUUUACCAAAUAAUUGUACAUCACCUG